UUAAUGUUUAACAAUUGCGCCUGUUCGUAUUUUAAUCAUUUUUUUCCUUUAUUUCUAUUACAUAUAUGUACACAUAUGUUCUAUGCAAACUUGACACGUCAUAUUGGUUCUUUAAUUUCAGCUGAUAAAAUUUUCAAAGGUGUUUUUAAUUUAAGAUAAACAACAAACACAUUGUGCAACAUAUUUGGCACUUAUAUUGGUUUAAUAAUUUAAUUUAUAUCGAAUUUGUGAUAGAAAAAAAAUAAAAAAAAUGAUGGUGUAAUGGUUAACACAUCAAACCAAAAUAUAAUAAUUAAUUCAUUAAUUAUUUCAAAGGACUAUAUGAAGUUAGCAGCGUAAUUAGCCUGACAAUCUUGAUUUAAAUCCAAAUAAAUAUAUCACUUCUUUUCAUAAGUAUACAUAAUAAAUUUGCUGUCAAUUAAAUUUUUUAUUGUGCGUGAAGACGAUAAGUUAUAAUCAUGCUUAAUCAAAUGGACAAUGACGAAGGACAACUGGUAAAUUUCGAUUCAGCUACGUUACAAAUUGCCAAAGAAACUGAUGAAACAACAGUAAUACAAGAUGAAAAUAACAUUAGAACAACAUCAUCAUCAUCAGCAUCACAUGUACCAAGUAUACCAUUUAAACAUGUUGAUGUUCAUUCAUUUUUUUCUGAUAGACAUGAACUUGUAGAAAAAGCUAUAAAAGAUUGUCAGGAUACUCUUGCAACUGAUCAAGAUGAUGAAAUUAUUGGCACAUGGUUAUUAACCGAAAUCAGUUUGUGGGAUACCGAGAAAGAAAGAAUAGUUAUAUUAACUAAAAAUUCACUCAUCACAGUUAAAUAUGAUUUUAUAUCAUUAAAAAUUGUAGAAUUCAACAGAAUAUCAUUGAUUGAUGUUGAUACAAUAUCAGUUGGAGAAUUACAAUAUCCUACAACUUCAAUUGCACCACGAUUGAAUGGUUUUGCUGAUGGAUUGUCAUCAGCAAUUCAAUGUGCAGUUAGAAAAAGAUGGUCAUCAAUAACUGAUCCAUCAGAUGUUAAUUUUGAGCCAAGAACUAGAAAUAUGAUGGGUUUAAGAUUGAUGUGGAACAAAGGACAACCUGUGUCAUUUGAAACAAAGUGGAAUCCAUUUUCUAAAAAAAUUCCAUUUAUCACAUUCACGAGUCAUCCCUUAUUUUGGUACAAAGGUUUAAAAGAAGAAAAGCUACGUUUUGAUUGUGAUGCUUUUCGUGCUGCGCUUGCAUUAAUUCUUCCACAUGGUGUUUUUAUGGAAAGCCCAUUGAUUGUUGAAAAUUAUCUUGGUCUAGGUGCUAUUAUACAUAACAGAAAUUCUUUAGGAUUUUUCAAAGUCCGUGGAAAAGUUAGUUUUUAAAGAACAAACAUUUAUUUUACAUACUGUAAACAAUUGUCCUUUUUUUUUUUUUAAUUUGUAAAUUAUAAAAUUAUUUUAAUAAUUUAUUUUAAAACUCUCAGUCUACCUGCAUGUAAAACUUAUCAUAUCUUUAAUGUAUUUUUAAAAAUAAUAAUAUAUAUAAAAAUAUAAAUAUUUAAAUACUUUUUUUUUUUUUUAUUGUGUGGUUUGAAAGAUGUUUGUAAAAUUUUAUCAGUAUAUUAUUUAUAAAUAAGUCGUGCUUCAUAGAGAGACACAGAUCAAUUAUUACUAAUUAAUUUUUUUCUCAUAAAUAAUAUAUUCGAGUAAAUAAAUAAAAAUAGAUUUGAUGAAAAAAAAAAUAAUUAAAAUCAAUAGCUGAAAAAUACAAUUGAACUUGUCUAAAUAAUUUAUUGAAUAAACAAUAUAUUGUAGUUUUAAAAUAUUACUGUUGUUAAUAAAAAAUAUAGAAAUUAUUAUUUAAUUUUGAAUAAAUUAAAGCUUUAUUUUAAUUACGCCACAAUUAAAUCUAAAUAAAUUUUUAUAUUUUACUUAUUGCUAUUGACAAACCCAAGUAUUAUAUUUUAUUUUUUUAUAUUAUAUAUUUAUCAACAAUUUAUAAAAACAAUUCAAUGUUUAUUAACAACUAAUUUAAAAAAUUUAUUUGUGUAUUAUUAUUAGAUAUCAACAUAGAGUAUAUCGUUAUAAUAAAACACUAGAUAUUAUAACUAUAGUAUUUAUUGAUUAAUCAGGUGAAAGCCUAGCAACCUUGUCAGCCCAAUGUAGAAAUAUAUAAAGCUGAAAAUAUUAUUACAACAUAAAUGAGAAACAAUUGUAUUUACAAACAAAAAGAAAAUAAAAUUAUGUGGAAUUGUUGAAAAUAUUAUAAAUCUUCGAAUAAUAAUUAAUAAAGAAAGAAAAAAAAAUGAUAAGUUUGUUGUAAGUGUGAAUAAUUAAUUUUGUCAAUUAAAAUAAAAUAAAAAAAAAAAAAAGAAACAAUAAAUAAAUAUAAAUAAACAAAAGAGUA